AUGCCGAUCGGGGUUAUGCUUCGGUGGAAUGACGACAAGGGCUUCGGAUUCAUCCGUCCGAGCGACAUCGACGGCCCUGAUCUCUUCUGCCACAAGAGUUCCCUCCUCGACGGCGAGGGGAGCAUCCUCGAUGGAGAUGAGGUAAAGUUCGUCAUGGAGUACGACGAGAGGAAGGGCAAAGAUCGUGCGAUCGAGGUAGAGCGCUAUAUACGCAGCAGCCACUCACCACCCCCGCGCUAUGUGCCUCCUCCAAGCAACGCGCGAAGGGAAGGUGAUUGGGAUUGCCCCUCAUGCGGCUUCCACAACUUUGCAAACAAGGAGGAGUGUAUGAAGUGUGGCUUGAGGAAAGCAUCUGUGGAACGGGUGCGAAAAGAAAAGGCAGAGGCCGCAGAGGAGGAUAAGAAGAAGGCCUCAAAUGGCAAGGAUGACAAAGCAGACAAGGACGACAAGAAAGAACGCAGCCGAGACCGCCGAACCCGCCGGAGUCGAGAUCGUCGGAGCCGCGAUCGGCGGCGAGGUGAAAAAGAGCGCAGCCAGGAGAAAGACCGUGGUGACCGUCGGAACAAGGCCUGGCUCGGAGUGAAGGGGGCGACGUACAAGGGCCAGUGGCAGAACAACAAGCGCCACGGACUAGGCCGACAGGACUGGCCCGAUGGCGCCGCCUUCGAAGGGCACUGGCGCAACAACGCCGCAGAGGGCCUGGGCCAGUUUACGCAUGCGGAUGGUGACAUCUUCGUCGGUCAAUGGAGGAAAAGUGCCGCCGAAGGCUUAGGCACCUACUACCACAAGCAUGGCCUCACAGUCUACCGUGGGCAGUGGCUUCAGGACUUGACACUUCCUCAGAGUUGCUUUGGCGUUGGCGACCUCGUCGACGCAGAAGAGCGCGCUUGCAGCGCUGCCGGCGGGAUUUGCUGGGAAUCUUUGCCCAAGGCUUUGGACCCGGCGGAUGGCGAGCUCGACGUUGCAAGGGCCGCCCGGAAGAGGGCGCAGGUGGAUUGCUUGGCGAGUUAUGCGUUGCAGAUGAUGGAGCGCACGACGAAGGUCGUCGAGUUCGGAGCCGGCUCUGGGCACCUUGGCCUUCUGCUGGCAUCUCAGCGCCCCGAUUGUCAAGUAGUCUUGGUCGAGGCCAAAGAAUACUCCGCCGACAUCGCCGCGCGACGAAUCGAGGGCACCGGCAUUUCAAACUGCCGGGUCUUCCAUGGCACAGUGGAUGCCUUCGCGGCCACGGGCGAGGAAUUCGAUCUCGCUGUCGGUCUACAUCUCUGCGGCCUCCUCACGGAUGCAGUCUUGGGCCUCGCUCGCCGUCGAUUUGCCGAGGCGUGCGUGGUGCCUUGCUGCUACGGUCAGGUUGCGACGCUCAAAGAGGACCACCACAGGGGUGAAGGCACUGCGCAGCGGAUGCAUCCCUGUAGCAAGGCCAUGCGAAUGAUCCCCAGGGAGGCCUUUGCCUGGUGUGCGAAAGCUGCAGAUUUCACCGCUGGGAAGGGUGGUGCCUUCGACCCAGAAAGUGAGGGCUUCCGCACGGCCCUGAAGUGCAUGCGCAUCGUCGAUACGGACCGCCUCUGGACAGCCCGGGAGGAAGGGCGCGACCAAGUCUUAGCGAUCGGGCCUGUAGACGACUCCGAUGGGAUCGACCGUGCCAUCGUGUGCCUGGAAAGGAUCCUUGAGCUGGACUUGACUAACGCGAAGAAGCAGGUGAAGUCGAAGCAGCGUCUGAUGAAAAAGGGGCUUCAGUCUGAUUUACAUGGGGACGUCCAGCACGGCAUUGGCGUGGAGGAGUGGGAAGGAGGCAGCAAGUACCAUGGCCAGUUCAACUGGGGCAAGAAGGAGGGCUACGGCACCUACUCAUGGCCAGAUGGCUCCAUGUACAUGGGCCAGUGGCACUCCAAUGCCAUCAACGGCUAUGGCCACUACAUGGGCCGGGACGGCCGCGAGUUCCAGGGGAUGUGGCGUGGCGCGGUCAUCCAUGGAUGCGGCCGCUACUCCUGGCCCGAUGGGCGCACGUUCAAGGGCCAAUAUGCCGACGAUCAAAAGCAUGGCUUCGGAACGUUCACCUGGCAGGACGGACGCCACUUCGAUGGCUAUUGGGCCCAGGGGAAGCAGCACGGCCACGGGGAUUCGGCAGAGUUCGAACCAAGUGAGAGGCAGGCACAGAUCAACGAGCAGGAGCGUGAGACUGUCCAGGAGCUGCUUGCAGAUUUGCUCGCACUCCAUGGCAAGCUCGUCGGAGUGCUCGGUGUCGAAGCCGUCCGUGCAGAUCAGCGGAUCUCGCCAGGGAAGAUUUCUACGUCAAGCUCCGACGCGACGAAGUCUCUCCCCAAGACCUCCGCAUCUGCGAGAACACGCAGUGCGGAAAGGUCAGCAUUCUCGCCAGGAGCCGAGGAGCGUGUGGACAGCCGGGCGAGCCGCAGUGUGCGAGAAGCCUUGAGUUGCAGCCAAGAGCCACAAGAUGCUGCGUUUGCCGAGGAUGAGGACUUACGCUUUCCGCUGCAACCACAACUGGUCGCUCUUGCGAACAGGCCGAUGAAAGCCGGGAAGACUGGUAGCAGAACUCAGACCAUGAAGAGUCCAUCAUCGCCAACAGCGAUGCCGGAGCGCAAAUCACGAUGGAUUUUGUAUCCAUACUCUAGGUGCCGUCUGUGCUGGGAUGCCCUCACGCUCAUCGUCCUGUUGCAGGACAUGCUUCUGAGCCCCCUCCAUGUGUUUGACGUGGACGCUCACCAGAGGAGGAUGCAUAACUCUUGGAUUCUGGUCUCCGAUGCCUUCUGGUCGCUGGACGUGGUGCUAUCUUUCUUCACGGCCGUGUAUGUUGACGGCAGGUUGGUGCAGGAUGGCGUGGGCAUUGCGAAGGCCUACGUGACGUCGUGGAUGCCUUUUGACCUCUGCAUCCUCGUCCCAGAUUGGCUGUCUGUUCUCCUCUCAGACCGCGACUCAUGGCUUUAUUUUCUAGGUGUCAUGCGCUUCGUGCGCGCCGGACGGCUGCUUCGCCUUCUGCGCUUCCUUCGAUUACUCCGAGUCUUGAAGAUCAAGCAGGCGAUGCAGUCCUUCAUGCUGCGUGGGUUUUCAGGCAGCUCCUGGCGAUUUGUUCUUGGCGUGAGCAAGUAUGUUGCCAGCAUGGCGUACGGCUUGCAUUUGCUCACAUGCCUCUGGUACUGGGUGGGAAAUGUGCCGGAUGGCUGGGUGCAGGAGGAAGACUUGACUGCACAGCCCUUGUCAUCGAUGUAUUUCGCAUCUUUGACUUUAACAUUGUCAAGGCUUCCAGCAUCAUCGAUGAGAUGGAACAUGACUCUCGAGACAGAUGGCGAACGAACGUUGGCCAUCAUAGCCACCUUCAUGGCGUUGGGAAUGUCAUCUGUUUGCAUCAGCAAGCUGACCAACGUGAUGGCAAAGUGGCAGAGUCUCAGACAUCAGAAGCAUCAGAUUGUUCAACAGCUCCGGAGUUAUUGUGCGACCCACGGGGUCGAUGCAUCGCAUGUCCUGAGUAUGAAGAAGUACGCCGAGCGGGAGCUUGCACGAAAGGCUGCGAAUGAGGCCCAUGCCAACUUGCUAGAGACUUUUUCCAGCAGCAUGCUGAGAAGCCUUCUCCACCAGUCUCGCCGUUCUUUCCUGUGCUACCACAAGGAGUUUGCAAACUGGUGUGCCAAGUCGGAGAUUUUUGAGUACAGUAUAUGCAGCAAGGCCAUAACCGAGCAACAUUUAAUGCGGCAUGACUGCAUCUUCAUGCCGUCAGACCACGCGGAAGGCAUGUAUUUGAUGGCCACGGUUCAGUGCUCUUAUGCAUUCGAGAGCCUUGGGGUGAUGCCGCGGUUUGGAACAAAUCCCGGUUCCCAUUCUGGGCCGAGGUGCUGCUUGUGGCGUUUCUUGAGUAAGCCGAUGGAUGAGAUCGAGGAGAAUGUGGUCCAUCUUGAGCUUGAGCGAGGAGACUACAUCAGCGAGCACGCGCUGUGGAUUGCAGGUUGGAGCCAUCGCGGAAGGCUGCAGGCAACUGCUGACGGCUGGGUGUUGUCUUUGCCAACUUGCAGCCUCACGGAGACGCUAAAGGAGCACCCCAACAUCGUCGAGUGUGUCGUCAGCUAUGCGAAGAGGUAUGCUGAACAAAUGAAUCUCUUGGCGGAGAUCAACGAUGACAAGCUGUCAGAUCUUCCUUUCAGUGGCCGCUGUGGUUCUCAACCACGUUGCUCCUUGUUCCGUUCCUUCUGGCUGAGGGUGCUUCCAGAGCCGGUCCACCCGUCAUUACAUCCUUAA